AUGGUGCGAAGAAAAGUAGAAAUCAAGGCAAUUGAGAACAUAUCAAAGAGGCACACAACUUUCACAAAAAGACGCCAAGGCCUUUUCAAGAAAGCCAAAGAUCUGUGCACAAAGUGUGAAGCAGAAGCGACAGUAAUCACUGUCUCCAAGGCUGGAAACAUUUUUGCUUUUGGGCACCCGGCCGUCGACCCGGUGGUGAAUCGGUACCUUUCCAAUGGUAAUGGUGAUGAACGUGUGCAUGGUGGAAAUUGGAUGGUGGUGGCGAUGGAGGAUGAGGAGAUGCAACUGCUGUCGAAGGCUGAGCGGAAGAUUCAGAAGGUGAUGGGGAAGGGAAGGCAGGAAUGGAAUUUGGCGAUUGGAGAUUUAGAGAUUAAUGAACUUGAUGAAAUGGAGGCGGUGAUUGAAGAUAUUAAGAGAAUUGCAGCAGCGCGUGCUGUGGAGAUUGUGGCUGGCGGCGGCAAGGAUCAAGACGUUAAGUGUAUUGGGAAGGAUUCAAUUGUGCCUUAUCUUAGGAGGUGA